GAUAUUGGGCCCUAGUAUUCUGACGUGAGACAAUUAUUAAUUAUUGUUUCCAACUCCGAGUUAGUGUGUGUGUCAGUGCUGCCCUCUAGUGGUGACUAUUUCUUACUGCAAGGUUCGAUUAUCGCGUUAUCGUUUACUUUCCCUUCAAACUCACCGAGCAUUGAUUGAAUCGAUUUAAAGACCUUGCCCAGUUUGACACUGUAUCAACAACAUGGCAACAAACGGUGGCUCAGAACCUGCGAAUGACGAUAUAUCUAAAACAAACUUACAUCAAGGCGAUGGAUACGAUAGGAAAUGCACAUUCUGUAAGAUUGUCAAUAAAGAAGUGGCCACGGAACUUCUUUAUGUUGACGAGGAGGUCACGUGCUUCAGAGACAUCAAACCUGGAGCUCCCCAUCACUACUUGGUGGUGCCCACAAAACAUGUUGGAGACUGUAAAUCACUAAACAAACAGCAUGUACCAUUAGUGGAGAAAAUGGUGGAGACAGGGAAGAAAAUUCUCCAGAAAAACAAUGUGUUAGAUCUCAGCGAUGUCAGAUUUGGUUUCCACUGGCCCCCUUUCUGUUCUGUCUCUCACCUGCACCUCCAUGUGCUAGCACCGGCCAGUCAGAUGGGGUUAAUGUCCAGCCUUUUCUACAGACUCAACUCCUAUUGGUUUGUCACUGCAGACCAGUUGAUUCAGCAUCUGAACUCUAAGGGAGAGGCCAACUGAGUGGUGGGGUGUUGUUUGGGCUGGUCCAGCAAGAAACUUACUUGGACUGGUAGUUACCGCACUGCUGGUGAAGUGAGCAGGUCAGGCCUGGUGUGGACUCCUGUAGUUCUGUUUGUGAGUUGACUCUAUUGUACUCACUGGAGGGUUACAGUAAGACGGAGGAUGUUGAAGCUCAAUUGAGGUUAAGUCUAGUAUUGAGUUGAACCUAAUUAAUCGUAAGGCCAAAUAUCAUUCCAAAGGUAUGCAAAAAAGAUUAAAAUAAUACCAUAGAUCUGACUUAAAUUACAUUUAGAUUGUUAGUCAAUUUAACCCAAAAAUCACCAGUAUCGGUAUAAGUAUUAAAGGUGCCCACUAGUGGCCUAUCCUGCUCCUAUUUUGACAUAAUUCUGUCAUAGACCUUAAUUCCAGUUUUGGUUCCAAAGCUGAUUACUGUAUACCCCUCAUACUGUACUCAACUCUGGACCCCGAAGCCAGGUCUACUCUGUUUUUUCAUUGCAACCUUGUAAUCAGGGAUUGAUUUAGACCUUCGAUACCAGGUGAGUGCAAUUAAUGAGUUAGAAUAGAAAACCAGCAGGCACUGGACCUCGUAGUGUAGGAGUUGAGUAACCCUGCUGUUUUCCAUACUUAUUGACGUAGACUGUUGUACAACAUCAUAAGUAAGCUCUGAUCAUUGUCGUUCAGGUCAGAGUGGGGGAUUUCUACUGGCAUGGGGCUUUAAUGUAAAAACAGAUUCAAUAAUCAAUCAUAAGUGAUGUUAGCAGGGUCUACUGGGAGACAUAUUGUCAGUAGAAUAAAAAGGACGGUUCCCAUAGGAAUGGUAAAAUUACUGAAAGCAGUCAAACCUAUGUAGUAUGACCUUGUUUUAUGUCACACUCAUGAUCAAAAAAGCGACUGUUUUGCAUGAAUGAUAAUCAAUAAUUACAGUAUAUUUGAGGAAUCACAAACAAAGAUGUAAUAAGUUACUACUUUGUAUAAAAAAGAUGUAUGUAUGACCUGUUAAUUAAUCAAAGAAGAAUUUGGAAUUAAUUAUUUUUAUUAUAUUUAUUAGAUUGAAUGUUUAAAGAUGGUUCAUAACAUAGCAUAACGGGCUGUUAAUUUUUUUU